AGAAAUAAAAUCAAUUUUUAACCUUUCAUUGCGGGAAUAAAAUUGCUGCCUAAAAUACAAAAACAAAAAUCAAAUAAAUAACAAAGGAAUGCCACGGACAGUAAUUCUGUUCCAAGAAUUUCGAAUAAGUGACUAAAUCCAUGAGUUCCCUCUUUUUUAAAACUUCCUCAAAUACUGAAUUCCUUUACGUUCUCGCUUGUUCUUCUUCACCGUCACCUUCCAAUCGCCGUCUCUCCCGCCUGAUUACGUGUUCCAACAUGUCUUGCCCCUCUCAAACUGCUUUCCCUACAAUCAGAACCGUCACCAUAUCCUACUCCGACCUCAAGGACAAGAACGCGGAUUUAUCUGCCAAGAUUGAAGAAGGAUUCGGGCCAAACGGACUGGGAAUUCUAUCAGUCAAAGAUGUUCCGGGAUUUCCUUCCUUGCGUCGAAAUCUUCUGCAUCUUUCGCCUAGAUUAGCCAACCUGCCUGAAGAGGUGAAGAAGGAACUUGAGGAUCCUGAUAGUAGGUACAAUUUUGGAUGGAGUCAUGGGAAAGAGAAGCUUGAAUCUGGAAAACCUGAUAUGUUGAAAGGCUCUUUCUAUGCCAAUCCAAUAUUGGAUAGACCUACAACAGAUCCUUAUCUAAUCCAAAGAUAUUCAUCAUACUGUGGAUCAAAUAUAUGGCCUGAUAGUGCACUUCCAGAACUUGAAGUAGCCUUCAAAGCUCUUGGGAAGCUGAUCCUUGAUGUUGGACUCUUGUUGGCAUAUCACUGUGAUGGAUAUGUAUCCAAAGUUAUGAAAGUGGGUGAGGAUGAAGGCCUUCAACAGAUACUUCUUCGCUCUCGUUGUCCUAAAGGACGUCUACUUUAUUAUUUUCCCACAAGACAGAGAUUACCAAUGUUUUGCAGUAAUGAUGAUCACACCUUGUCGUCUUGGUGUGGAUGGCACACAGACCAUGGUUCACUGACAGGUCUCACCUGUGCCAUGUUUAUGAAAGAUGCUGUAGAAAUAGCUUGCCCUGAUAGUGCCGCUGGGCUUUAUGUUAGAACAAGGAGUGAUCAAAUUGUCAAAGUUGUGUUUGGAGAAGAUGAAAUAGCAUACCAAAUCGGUGAAACCACUGAAAUCCUGUCAAGAGGUUAUCUUUGUGCAACACCUCACUGUGUACAGGCACCCAAGGAAGAGGAGGCUUCUGGUAUUGAGCGGUCAACAUUUGCACUAUUCAUGCAACCUGAUUGGGAAGAAAAGCUUAAUUUCCCUGAGGAGGUGCAUAUCCAUAAAGAGCUGAUUCCAUCAAAUGGCGCUCUUACUUUUGGAGAGUACACAGAGAAGCUUCUUGACAAAUAUUAUCACCUGAAAACAUAACUGUCUUUCCUUCAUGGAAUUUAGAAAUUUCUUCUGUAUAUAAAUCUUACUACUAAUGGAUGAAAACUUCUUCCUUUGCUUUGGAUUAUAUUAAUAUAUAUGGGCUUUGAUUGU